AUGUGUGAACACUUAGAUUGUGUACUCUGUGUGUUGACCAUAGAGGUUCACUUUCUUCACCUCCCCCCAAUUAGGUCCAAUCCCUCUCCAUCUUGUGCUUUGUCAAUUAAUUUGCGUACAUUCUCCGCGCUACGUUUGCCUUCCCUCAAUCCAACUUUUUCUCAUUUUCUUCACCAUAUAGAUUCAAGUACUGCUGGAGGCCCUAUCGGUGGCCAAACGCGUAUUAAACUGAGGAAUGAGCAUGCGAGCUAUAUUUUUACAUGGUAA